UUUUCCGCACUCGAAGCCGCCCGAGUCUCCCCGUUGUGUUUCUUUUUCUCUCCCCCCCCCCCACACCUUCUUUCACAACCGCCCGUCCCCGUUUCCCAAAAGGGUGGCCCGGGAGGCGCCGCGAAAAGGCGGAAGGCAAGAACUUGGCAAGCGGGGCAUCCGAGCCGCAAAGAAGGACCGGGCUUCCCACGCCGGUUCAUCCAGGUCAGCACUAUGACUGAUGGGGACUAUGACUAUUUGAUCAAACUCCUGGCCCUCGGAGAUUCUGGGGUUGGAAAGACCACUUUGCUGUAUAGAUACACAGACAACAAGUUCAACCCAAAGUUCAUCACCACAGUAGGCAUCGACUUUCGAGAAAAGCGUGUGGUGUACAACAGCCAGGGGUCAAGUGGUUCUUCUGGAAAAGCCUUUAAGGUCCAUCUGCAGCUAUGGGACACAGCUGGGCAAGAGAGAUUCAGAAGUCUCACCACAGCAUUUUUCAGAGAUGCCAUGGGCUUCUUGCUAAUGUUUGAUCUCACCAGUCAACAGAGCUUCUUAAAUGUCAGAAACUGGAUGAGUCAGUUGCAAGCAAACGCUUAUUGCGAAAACCCCGACAUAGUCUUAAUUGGAAAUAAAGCUGACCUAUCAGACCAGAGGGAGGUCAAUGAAAGACAAGCAAAAGAACUUGCAGACAAAUAUGGCAUCCCCUACUUCGAAACAAGUGCAGCGAAUGGCCAAAAUGUGGACAAAGCCGUGGAGACGCUCUUGGACUUAAUAAUGAAACGAAUGGAACAGUGUGUUGACAAGUCUCAGCUCUCUGACACAGCCAACGGUGGGAGUUCAGGAAAACUGGUGUCAUCCAAAGCUGAUGAGAAGAAAUGUGCUUGUUGACUUGGCCAUUCAGGUUGAAGAAAAGAAAAGGAAUGAGAAAAUCGGAAAGUAACAGAAUGACCAAAUGCUAAAUUCAAUCUGGAACUCCAUGGACCAAAUGAGACUGCUGUUGUUGUCUUAAGCAAGCCUGAUUUUUUUUUUCCAAUGCUGAGAAAUCAUGCUUCUGCAUUCAAACAGGUGUAAACCAUCUUCAUAGAAAAUCCAGAGGCUCUUUUCUUCUUCAUACAAUAGGCGAGUAAAUACAGAAAAAAUAUCUGCCUUGGGGAGACCAUCAUUGAAAUGUUAGGAGACACCUUUACAAUAAAACAAAGAGGUUGUCUUUGUUGGCCCGAGCCAUCAUUUCUCAUCUCUUUGGCUUCUAUUAUGACAUACAUUCUAUGUUUGCUAAAUAGGUGAUGAAAAAACACCCCAAAGAAUAUAUUGCAUGGCUCAUUGUAAACAUCUUAAUGGUUUUGAAUACCAAAAAGUUAACUGUUGUUUUAUUCAGUUGGCUAUUCUCAUAAGACCUGGUUAAAAUUGCAAUGUAGUCAUUAGGUGGCAUGGGAGAUAGAGGUGGACUGUAGAAAGAUGUCCAUACAAUAUAGUACAGCGUUGGAAAAGAUAUAAACCACGAGGUUUGCUCGAAGCUGAAAAGUACUAUGUGCCUUGAAAUACUUGGCCAAGUAUUUCAUUGGUGACUCUGAGAGUGAUAUUCCAAUGGAAUCCCCUUUCAUUAAGAGGUAGUAUGUAUUUAUUAAGUUCUAUGUGGAUACAGUUAACAUUUCUAAUUAGUUCUAAUGCUCUAAUUAACACAUACUUUAUAUAUAUACACAGAGGAUUAUUUUUGCUUUUACUUUACCAGCAGAGCACUUCCCAAACUUGAAGCUAUGUUCAACGUUGAUCUGGAAUAUUAGCUGUCCAAAGCAAAGUCUUGCUUAAAUACAUAAUGCCUUUCUGUUACUUCCACCACUUAAAAUGAGAAAGGCAGGAACAGGAACAAAGAUGAGGAAGUUCCAGUAAUAAUUUUGUUACAGUAGAAGUACUGUUAAGUGAAGGAUAUGUGCACUUUAGAGCAGGGGUCUCCAACCUUGGCAACUUGAAGACUUGUGGACUCCAACUCCCAGAAUUCUGGGAGUUGAAGUCCACAAGUCCUCAAGUUGCCAAGGUUGGAGACCCCCGCUUUAAAGCCAAGCGUGAUAGGAUGAUAGUGGUAUGAUGAUGAUGAUGAGCCAAAUGCAGCUCUUUAAAACAAAAACAGAUAUUGUCUUUCUACUAUGCACCAUUUCUCUGCGAUGCCAUUCUGGUUUAAAAGGUCUGCUUUUGCAAUUCAGCCAUUCCAAAAUCGUCUGCAAUUCCCUGCCACCAUUUUCUAAGUGAAAGAGUUCAUUUCACCAGGUUCUUUGUGUUAUCAACCCAAAGCGAAAGAGUUGUUUCUAGUAUUUAUCACAAUGCUCUUCAUCAGUCUCUCGGUAAUUAAAAAUAUAUAUUUCUGUUUGCAAAAUGUGAGCGCGUUUCCCAGAAAGAGAAAGAAGGUAGAGGAAUAUAUUCAUGCCAAUACCUUAAUUUUCAUUUUCAUUCCAAUACUGCGAUAUCUUCAGUACACUUUUAAAUGUUUACUGCUUUUUGUAACCGUACAACUCAUUUUCAGAAAUGGGAAAUUACAAAAUCCCAAAGGUAUCUUCACUUUUUGCUGGCGUUAAUUGCUCAGCACUUCUGUUGGGAAAUACUAAUGUUUUUGUCUAUAAAAUCUGGAGCAUAUUUGCUUGGGUUCAGGAUGCUUUGCUUGAAAUCAAGGGCUGGGGGUGGGGAUACAUUUAAGCAGUGUUUCUCAACCUUGGCAACUUUUAAGACGUGUGAACUUCAGCACCCAGAAUUCCCCAACAAACAUACUGGCUGAGGAAUUCUGGGAGCUGAAGUCCACCCGUCUUUUAAGUUGCAAAGUUGACAAACAAUGCACUUAACUAAAAAAAAAAAGAACGAGAGAUUCUUUAUGCAUUAAAAAAAAGAACGAGAGAUUCUUUAUGCAUUAACAUGUAUCUUUUUUUUUCUGUAUGGCUCUACACUGUGAGGAAUAUUUUAUCUCUUUUUCCUGCAAUUCUGCCAUUUUAUAACAAAGAUCUUUUUAGCUUUCCAGUGGAAGAAGAGAUAACAAUAUAUCCUUAAUGUUUCCCAGCUGUUAAUACCUACUCGGUGCUGUCCAUUGCAGUAAACAACUUUGGGUAUAUGGCUGACCUAGUGAGGAAUCUCAGCUGACUUAUUGAAAGUUGCCAUUCAGAACUUUUCUUACAUAUAGUUCAACAAUUUUGGAUCUUCUGGCAGUGUAAAUCCAAUCUGGAAGGACUCAUAUAUUCCAGUUGUAUUCCAAUCUCUCAACACUAUCAUACAUAUAUUUUGUUUUUUACUAUCUUGGUGUAGCAACUUAAGAACUCGAAGCUACUCCUAAGGCACAAUUAUUGUUGGGCAUCAUUUGCUGCAAUCAUAUGCUGGGUUAUCUACUAGUAUUCCAACAGGAUCUGCCCGUGCCUCUGUCUCCGCGUAAUGCCCACAAGUGAAUAUUUUAUGCAUGCAUGGUAAGCUUUGAUAUUGAGUACACAGAAUAUUCCCUGGCAUUAAGUAAGGCCAAAUAGCUGUUGGUUUUGUAGCUGUCAUUACGCACACCUAAACUCCUGCAUGCAUAAGGAACAUUUAUGAGCACAAUGUUAAAUCUACAAGAACACUUUGACUUCCCAGAUCAGCAUUACAUCAUCUCAUUAAUAGCCUUUGAAAUUGGCUUGAUGCAACUGAAAACUUGCCAAGAUGGCCAUUCUGGAAUCCAUCUUGCAUUUUCCAUAUAAACUCAAAAUAAUUUCUGUAUCACAUCAACAAUUCGUUCAUUAUCUGUCUUUCGUGGCCCUAUUUCAUCAAGGAGAUCAGGAUAUAUGUGACAGAUAUCAAAUAUAUUGAUGUAGGUUAUGUUGCCAUUGUAGUUCAUAAUUGGCGCCUCACCAAAAUAAUCCUACAUAUAAUUGAGUAUUUGAUUCAAAUUCACCUGUAGUUCAUUGAAGAAUAAUUGUAAUGACAAUAUACUGUGCUAUUUUUUCCAGUCUUCCUUUCGACCCUUUUGAGAUAUGGUAUGAAAGUCCCUCUUCUGACUUGGUUUCAUGAGUAUUUGAAUCAAAAUAGUGGCUGUGUAAUUGUGUAUGUAUGAUUAAUAGACCCAUGGCUGUUCACUGCUUAUAUGUACCCUAUUGUCCAAAAGUAUUCAGAUGUAAUGAGCCAAAUUCUCAAGUGCUUCUCUUGUGCCUCUGACCAUCAAAGCACACUAAGCCAACAAUGGUUUUCAUAAACCGUAUCUAAUUGUUGAGGAGAGAAACUAGAGAACUCUUAGUUCCAUGUAACCAUUUUUGCCUGUUUUUAUGGACAACCAUUGGCAUUACAUUACAGCAGCUCACACUGCACACCAACUUGAUUUCUAUGAAAGGAUCUUUGUUUGCUUCAUUAAAGCCUCUGAGGGGGAAAGUCAUUGCCUGAUGAAAUGCACAUGAUGUCCCUAAUAAUUAUUGUCCAUGGGAUAAAAGUUCUCCUGUCACUGGAAAUAUGUUUCUCUACUUGCCCAGCAGCCUUUUAACAAAAGCUGCCUACCAAGAUUUACACCAUGCUCAAACCAUUUAGCUGCUGUUUUGUUAUUAAAAUCUACCUAUCCCGAUACAGUUAAGUGUAGUCUGGUAUUCCAUGAAGUAACUACUGAAAAUAUUCAGCCUUGUUGAUUUCUUUCUCCAGUCCACCUGAGGCAGAAUUGGAUAGUGUCCCUCAUGGUCAACUUUCUAGAUCUGCUCUUGAAGCUCAAGGUUAGUAAUUGGGAGGAGGUUGGCUACCAUAGAUUAACAUGGCUCUCCUCCGACAACAUCCUCAAGGCUUGGAAAGAACUCUCCCAUGUUUUCCCCCCUCUAAAAUAAAUGCUUGAUAGCAGCUCUUCUAAAGGUCAAAUUAAACAUAACCUGAAUCACGUGGUUAUGGCUGUUACAAAGGGGAUUAAUUGGGGGUGGGGCAAGAAAAGUUAUCCCAAACAGAAGCACCAUUACAAUCAUAUUCUCCGAAGGGGCGAAGUUGCGCAGUCUGUCUAUGCUGUCAGUUGUUAAAUAUUAUUACAGCCCUCCUCAACUCAGACCAUUUAGCGCAGGGAUCUCCAACCUUGGCAAUUUUAAGACUUGUGGACUUCAACCCCCAGAAUUCCUCAGCCAGCAUGGGAGUUGUAAAGUCCACAAGUCGUAAAGUUGCCAAACUUGGAGACCUCUGAUUUAGCACAAAGUCUUUUAGGAGAUAUUUCUUAAGAAUCGUGGACACAUCAUCAUCUUACACUUCCAAAGGCCCUGCCUGAAGCUCUCCUAAACUUGAUUCCACCCCAACGUUUAAAUCAAAAAGCUUCUUGACUCUUAAAUCCUCUCUAACUGCCUUUGCUCUACCCUGCAGAGGGAUUUUCAGUGUAUAUAAUAACUCUAUAAUUCAAGGUACUUUUAUGUAUUCCUCACAAAUAUAUUUAUUUAAAUUGUUCUUUUCAGAUUUUGAUUCAACACUAAGAGCCUCCUGACUGAUUAGUUGCUUUUUUUCCCCCCCUCUGGCUUUGUUUUGCUUUUAAUGUGCCCUUAAGUUAGAUAACUCUGAGCAUGUUUUCUGUUGGUCUUUGAGACAGUUCUGUAGAAAUUAAAGAUUUACAUUCUUUGGGCUAAGUGUCUGAAUUCUCUCUCUCUGGAUGGACUGCACUGCCAGCCUAGCAGCACCAGUCAUUAACCGUGUUGUAUUACUACUACUAUGCUGUUGCUUUUCAAUGAUAUAUAAAUAUGUAUUUAUAUAUGUGUGAGUGUGUGUGUGUGUGAGUGCACACAUAUACAUACAUACAAUCAGACUGUAUCCAUUGGUGUCUGGGUUUUUACAAUAUGGCUAAGGAAUGUAAUUCGGUAGUUUCGUUUCUGCACUGUUCUUUUGAGAUUAAAAACUAUUCAUUUUUAAA